CACCCACAGCACGCUUUAGGCCUAAAUUAUGAGUAAAGUGUAUGCAUAUAAGUGGCAUAACACACUUGCAAUACUUAGAAAGAAAAUAUAUAGUUCAGUGCAAGCACCAUGGAGAUGUUUACAUUUUAGGCGAACUGAAAACGGAAGUCAAGUAUUAGAUCUAUCUGUGUAGUAGUAAGUGUCAAUUUGACUUAAAUAUGAUAAUGUGAACCUGAAAUUAAAAAAUCCAUAUGUGGAUUAAAGCUGACCAAGAAAGUGAUCAUGGAGAAGUCAGAACUUGAUAUUUUUGUCAAACAUAAGCAACAGGAAGUUCAUGAAAGAGCAAAACAAUGCUGGGAUACUUUGAGGCAGUCUGUCCUGAGUGUUAAAAAGGUUUUAGAGGAAGCAGAUGUCAAAGACGUGACUCUGACACAUGGCAUCUACAGAGAUAGAAAGCUGAACCAUCAUCAGAUGAUUCAUCAAGUGAUGUAUAUUCCUGAGCACAAGGAAUAUUUAUCUUGUGAUGGGCAUAAUUUUCAUCUAUUUCAAGAAGAUGGGAUCAAAAAGGAUGUUGUGAAAUGUGAGAUUAAGCUGAACAGAUUUGUUUAUUGUAAUCAGACUGACCAGUAUGUUGUUUGGAAUCAUGGAGAAGAGGAUCUCUUUCUGAUGACUAAAGAAUUUAUGAUCAUUUCACAAUCUGUAGCAAUUGGUUCAGUAACCAUAGGUCUUUAUAAUGAAAAAACUGGAGAGCUCGUAACAAUCGGUCCACAUUUUAUAUCUUCCUGGAUAUUUCGCUAUCGAGCCAAAUAUCUGACUCCAAGAAAAACAAUCAGAACAACAUUUGGAGAAGAAAAUAUGUUUGCAGCUGUAGUUUUAGAGGAUACUGCUAGCAAGUCCCAGAAAAUGUAUUGUGCUGUAGGCACUGGUCUUGUGGUUUAUAAUCUUUUCUCUGGACUGGAAGUGUGUAGAAGAACUGAAUUACACACUCAACCCAUUACAGCCUUGUCAUUCUUCAAUCCGCUGAAAUAUGUCAUUACUGGUGCCAAGGAUGGUUGUAUCAAAGUUUGGGACAUCAACUGGAAGGUGCUAAUGGUAUUUGUUGGUCACAGCAAGGAAAUCAACUUUUUGAAAAUAUACCCCCAUGAGACAUGUUUCAUUUCAGCAUCAUUGGAUUGUACCAUGAGAGUCUGGAGCAUGGAAACUUGUGAUGAAAUUGACAAAACCAUUAUAAGUGAACCCAUUUCUGGGAUUGGUACUGAAAUGAACAGUGACAUUUUUUAUACCUUCACUGGCAAAAGAGUGGAUCUAUGGAGAAUACAUCACUUGUACCAGAUGCACACAAAUAUUGGGUAUCGAGUGAACAGAAUCAAGGUCACAGAUCAUGUGACUUACCCAAAACGAGCCUUGUUGUUAUGUAGAGACUCCAGUGCUCGCAUAGUUUGUCCUUGCAAUGGAAAAGUCAUAACCACUUUAUUGCUUCAGCCAUCAGAUGGACUAGUGGAUGCAGUCUAUGCCAUUGCUGAAAAAACAGUUUUUGCAUUGUUGGCCAGUGGAGAGAUUGUAAAAGCAAGAACUAAUUGUAAUCCUUGCCAGGUUGUCUCCAGAUGGAAGUGUAAUAAUAUAACAGAGCAAUGUAGUAACCUCCUGGUAUAUGAAUACAUUGUGGAUCCCACUGGAGAUAGUGAUGUUUGGUCCAAGGCCAAAGAUCUAACCAAAAAUGGGAGAGGACAGAAAAAUAUACACAGCAACAAGAACAGAACACUACUGCUUGGCGGUAGGAAAGAUGGCUACAUCUGUGUUAUUGAUUGGAUGACAGGGGAAGUCACUUUCAAAAUUGAGGCACACAGUGGUAAAAGUGUUCUAAGUAUUAUUUCCAACACAAAACUGAAUCAGAUUAUCUCAGCAGGAAUGGAUAAUAUCAUUAAAGUCUGGAGGCUCUUUCCCUUUGCUGAAGAGGCUCUGACCCCUCUGAUGUCAUUCUACUGUGCCCACACACCAGUACACAUGACUGCCAUCAAGACAACUCUAGGUGUAGCCUUCCAGGAUCCAUCCACAGCUACAUUUAGUGUAGUUCUCUACAGUCUUUCAGACAACAGUCGAAAUGACCAUCGACCAGAUGAUGACCACAUGGAUGUUAUAACUGGCUUUACUAGCUGUGCACGAAUGAAGAUCUAUGCGUCUUGCUCCAUGGAUGGUACCAUUCGAAUCUGGAGUCACACUAACUCUCUCAUCAGGAUACUGAAAGUGAAUUCUUUGCCUCACAGUUUGUCUUUCUGUAGUUCUAAGGGUGAUCUGCUUGUAGGAAUCAACAAUCAUCUGUUUUAUAUUCACCAUAAGCAAUACCUUCCCAAAUACUACUUGAGGAAACAGGUCUGUAUGAAAUUUCUUCCCAUUCAGAAUGAAGAUUCCAUUGAAUAUGAUGAGAACCGUCUGAAAGCUCUGGAUAAAAAUGAUGUGAAACGACUGAAGAAUGCCCACGCUGCAUUUACAUUUCCUCAGUAUUUUGAUAUCUUGUCACCAGAGGAAGAAGAAGCCAUGUUGAAAGAAAAACAAGUUAGAGAAAAGGCAUAUGGACUGUUAGAAAUCAGAGAUAAUGAGCUAUGCCAAAUAAGAGAUGGAACCUUGAUAGCUCAUAAUAAGCCCAAAGCGACCAAGAAAACAAGAAAUAAAGCUUUCAAAGAAUACAUGAAAAUUUACUACAACAAAGAGAAACCAAAAUUGCCUGAAGAGGAAUCCAUUAAAGAAGCUGUUAUAAGAACUUUGAAUCAGGAGCUGAAAGAUUAUGAGGGGAUAGAAGCUGAAGAAGAAAAGUACAGAGCUGAGACCCCUCCUGUUGGGUUCUUCCCUGAGCUGGCACAGAAAUACCAGGAGCUGCCAUCAUUAUCUACUGACCAUGCCUGCCUUCCUUCUGUCAUCAAUGGCUACCUCCCUAACUCUGUCCUACUCAAGAUACUAUUUCCACCUCCUAAAGCACAAGAAGAGGAGAAAGACAAGAAACCAUACCAGCCACCUAAACUGACCAGGAAACAGCUGGCAGAGAUACAAAGCCUCAACCCAAGAAAACCCCUUCAGGUAGAUGAAGAUGAAAUUGCUCCUGAUCCACCAACUCGCAAUGUGACUUUUGCUUCUGAUGAGCUUUUGACUCAGGUCCUUGAGAUUGAUAAUAGUGAUGAGGAUAAGAAAGAGGAGGAUAAGGAUGGAGAGAUGGAGGAAGAGUCUGCAGAAACUAAAACUCCAGUUGUAUCUUCAACACAAGGAUCAAGAACUGUAACUGAUCUUUCAGGUUCUCAAGCUAGUGCACAGGGUAGACUCAAACACAAUCUCAGACAGCAACUGAAAAAGAAAAAGUCUAUCUCAUUUUCUAAAGAUUUAGAUUCUAGCGAUGAUGAAGAUGACCAGACAUUAGCAGCACCUAAGUCAUCAUUAAUGUCCAAGUUCCAAGAGAUCAUGGACAAACCUCCACCUCCAAAGGAAAAAAAAGAAAGUGAAAAAGAUGUGGUUGGGGAGGAAGCUUUUGUUGCAGUGAAAUCAUCUCCACUGCCAACAAACUCAGCAAAGCACCAGUCUCCAGUGCCACUAAAACCAGUUACCAAGCUGGUCAGCCGACCUCGACCAACCCCUGUACCCGUCACACCCAGGUCUCCUACACCUGCGCCUACCCCUCCCCCUCCUCCAACCCCUCUCCCUGGCUUUAUUAGGCAAUUCGUUGGCACAGACUGGUUCAACAAAUAUUUCCCCAACUGUACAGAGAAGACAAUGCCAAAACCUUGGACUGCAGAUCAUUUCACUAACAUGAUUGUCAAGCUUCUCACCAUUGCUGAGUGGCUUCACAAAAUUAGCGUGACUGAAGCUAUUGUGUCUGUCCACUCCUCUGAGGGCCUUAGCGACACUGUGAUAAACACAGUCACCAAGUCUCUGUUGUCUGUACUCAACCAUCAUGCCAACUCUCCCAGUUGUUCUGUAGCUGAGCAGAAAGAUUUUAUUCUGGCUGCUCUUAGAGCGAUUGUGGCAUUGGCAUCCAGAGAUAAAGAUGUGAUUGCUGAGCUUGUGGUGCAGUUCUUAGAUGGCGAUGAGGUUAUUAGGGCUGCAGUUGUUGAGGUCAUGAUUAAUUUGGGCCUACAAGACCCUCACAAACAGUUCCAAAAAGAACUAGACUCAUGGAACAUUUGGAAUCUGGAUGAGAAGACAAGAAGAAGUGAUCUACAUGAGAUGGCUAGCCAAUGGCUUGAUAGAUGGAUGUCUGCUUAUAAAUUAAAGAUUCAAGACACAGUGGAAAAACUGAAGUCUGGGCAUUCACUUCAAGGCCGUCUCUCCACUUUUGAUACGUCAAGAAGGACAAGCACAAUGCCUUCGGAUCGCAGCACUGUUACAACUCUACCUGUGGGAGCCCAGAAAAGAGUCUCUGGCCGAGUGUCCACCACUUCAUUCAACAGUAUUACAGUAACACUAGAUAACAUUCAAGGAUCAUCUAUCAUGGAGUCUGUGACAUACAUAGAUGCAGUGACAUUCUUCUGUGAAAUGAUGACUGACAGAGAGCUAGAGGCACUGAAAAGGGGCGAUGUCUCCUCCAGGGGGACCACUGAAGUUCUUGCACAACCUAAAAAUACUGUUCUUGUUCUUCCGAAGAUAUCUCAUAAACCAGCUCUGGUCAGACUUGGUCAGAUGCACACCAGUGUAUGCCAUGCAGACAGGGAGACAUCACUUAACUCUAACUAUGGGUUCCUGCCCAUAAGAACAAAGGGCAGACAACAAGUUCCUGGUGAGAUUAGAGGAUUUGUAUCACACAUCAACUUACCAAUGAAGCCCCUUCUUUUACAACCUUUUACCUCCAACUUGGGUGAAGGUGUAGACCUCUUUGACAAGCCCCUGCUUAUCACUCUCAAGUCUUCCCAGAAGUACUUUCUCCCUUCCAGCAGUUAUGUGCCACAUAAGGAUGAUCAUAUUAUUUCAGUACGAUAGGCUACCUGAAACAUUGCAAUUCCGUCCAUAGCUGUGUUUGUAGGUUAUACUGAUGUUAUUGACAGAAAUAUCCAUUUUAGAAAUGGUUAAUUAUUAUGUACAUUUAUAUUUUGUCUUGUAAUAUUUUUAUGUAUUCAGAUUGAACGUUUGGAAAUUAUUUGUAAAUAAGUUUAAUAAAAAAAAUCCUUCUAAACAGGAGUAAAAAAAAUAAAUAAUUUGUCAAUGUCCAUGGGUGGAUAACCCAUUACUCUAAUGUAGUAAGUUUCUCUCCCCCUACCUCCUGACAUUAAAAUUGUAUGUAAUGUCUUUUAUUGUUUAUGUAACAAUAUAAGCUGUCUCCUUAAAUCCAUCAACAGUGUAGGAUUGGUUGUAUAAGCAGAUGCUAAUUUUCUGUAGUUGACUAUCACAAAUGUUAUAUCAACUAUAUUGCUCAACCAGAGGCAGAGGUGUAAAUAUCAUUGUGAUAACUAGACAUCCCAUGUAGUUGUAAGAAUGCCAACCAUAGUUCUAUGAGUUUACUUCUAUACUGUUAUUCUCAGUUGUUAUUUUUAAUUGCUAUUGUACAAAACGAACAAAAAGUAACCUGCAUAUCUGUGAUACUAAGGGAAGAAAGAAGCUGGUAUAUUUGUCUAUAUUAAUGAAGAGAUAUUUAAAAAGACUUUAAUUUUGGAGGUGCAAAGAUGGGAGUAGAUGAAACAUUUAGACAAAGUGGCUAUAGAUAAGUGCAUGUAAGAUUUGAAAAAAAACAAAACAACCCAGACUAAGUUUUUUUUUCUAAGUUACAUCUAAAUUUUUCUUAAAAUAAUAUACAUAGAUUAUGUUUAAUUUGCUACAGAAUAUCUACCUUCUUGUUAAGUUUAAAACUUAAACUUUAAAAAAAUGUACAUGCUCUAAGCAUUUAAUCAACUUUCCACAUAAUUAGAUGUUAACUUUGUUUUUGUUUUGAGAUAAUCUGGAGCACAUUAUUGGGCCAAACUGUGUGAAAUACUUCAAUGAUUUGUGUGAUGCAUCUCCAUCAAUAAAACAUGACAACAUAUAG